GUCCCAUUCACCAGGAAAAAAUCCCACAUGGCUUCGCGGCCGAUCAGCUUUGUGGCCUAUGAGUAAACACCCGCGGGCGAACGCGGCCUACGAAAAUCUGGGCAGCGGAUUCAGUGUUGAUGUGAUCGAGGCACCGCGAUCAGUUGUAGGAACGAAACUCAAGUAACCACACAUGCAUUUACCCGCAGAUCUGAGCGGUUUUUCACCGUACCGAGACAACAUUUACAACAUGUCUGAGGUUGAUGCUGUGCCUGGGGAACGUCCUCUGACCAGUGUCCUAAAUGACCACCCAGAUGAACUUGUCAAGACUGGAAGCCCUAAUUUUCUGUGUUCAGUUCUACCCUUACAUUGGAGAUCAAACAAAACAUUGCCUGUUCCUUUCAAAGUUGUGGCUCUCGGGGGAGUGAAAGAUGGAACGAAAGUGUGCAUCACUGCCGGUAAUGAUGAAAACUUUUGCUCGGAGUUGAGGAACAACACAGCUACGAUGAAAAAUCAAGUGGCUAAAUUCAACGACUUGCGGUUCGUCGGCAGGAGUGGACGAGGCAAGAGCUUCACCCUGACCAUCUCCGUGUUCACCCACCCGCCCCAGAUCGCCCUGUACCAGAAGGCCAUCAAGGUCACAGUGGACGGACCCAGGGAACCCCGCAGUAAGACCAAACUCCGCACCGACGACCGCCACAUCCACCAGCACCAGCAUGUCCUCAGAUCGGAGAUGGACAUGGUCCCAGGGGAGCAGAGACCCUCUAGUCUCAUGGACCCUCUCAGGGAGCGACAGCUCAGCUCACACCUGGCCACACAGCUCCAACAGCAGCAACAGCAACAACAGCUUGAACAGCAGCAGCAGCAGCAACAACAGCAGCAGCAUCAGCUGGGAUCGUCGUCGUCGUCCUCCUCCCUCCUCAUGCCGCAGACGACCAGGGCAGAGGUCAGCAGACAUCACCACUAUAUGGACGCUGUUCAGUUCCACGGUUCUCCUGCUGACGUCACCAUGAUGGACACUCAGCCUCCUGGGGUGCUGACGGAGCUCAAUGGCGCUGCGUCUCGAAUAGCCACAAGAUCCUGGGACUGCGACCCAGUGCCAUAUUGCAAAGACGACGUCAUCAAAGAAAACAUGGCCAGGCCCCACAGUCCACCGAGAGAACCUCCCAUGUACAGAGGGGUGACUCAACCUGGCCGCUGGGAGGAACGAAUACUGGAGGCGCCAUCUACACUCGGCCAUGACCUUCAACUCCCGCCCCCUCCUGUGGAGUCCAGCUCACACCUGGGUGCACCAGUCCUGUUGUACUCUGAUGGGAGACACUCCCCAGUCCACGGGGUACCAACUUCUAUCGUUAGUAACGGACUUCCUCCACUGGUGUAUAAUGGAGGACAACGCUCCUCUCCACCAAAGGAUGCGAUUGAUUCACGGAGGAUGGGGCCCGAGGAUUACCGAUCAUCUGUCACUCAAAAUGGCCACAUGGCUGAGGAGGAAUCUCAGCAUUUGGAGCGAAGGGUGUCUCUAUCCCUCAGCGCAAGGUGUGAGCUGAAUCAUCACAUGACCUUGCCAUCUCGAGUCACCUUUGACUCCUCGUCAAGGUUAACCUUUGAUUCUUCAUCAAGAUUUUCUGUCGAUCCCUCUCAGCUUCCCAUCAUGCUUCACACUAGCGGCUCUGACAUUCCUCUCAAAGAUCGGUUGAUUCCUGAACCCAUUUACUCUGACAAGAGAAACCCAUCACUGUCCCUUGCUCCGCAGCCUCAUGUGACGUCAGUGAGCAACUCAAACUUUGGCAUCUUGGAGGAGAGCCGUGCCAUAUCCCUGCCAGAGUCUGCCUCAGCGCUAGCUGUGUAUAGCAAAGAAAGUGACCCUUCAGCAGUUCGACAUUUGACCAAGUCAUCUCAAGACGCAAGCAGGCGGCUAGCCAUUUCAUCAGAAAGCCGACUGCCUGUAGAUCAUCUCUCAGACAGAGGAGUUGGAAAUCUUCAGAGCCAUCCUUUGUUCCAAGCGGGAAGUUCCUUUCCAGAUGCCCACGCCAUGAAUCUGUCCUUGUGCAACAUGCGAGGACUGGAAUUUGGCAUGACUCGUUCUGACUGCCCCCCUCGUGGGCUGCCAGAAACUGGUAACCCUGGUGUUUCUCUCCACGACUCUCACUCUCUGAGUUCUUUGCCUCUGCAAGACAGAGAGGGUUUGCCCACUCUCCCGCGUUCUCCUGGACACCAUGCUUCAUUUUCCGUUCUAACACACCAAGAUCUGAUGCCCUCCCUCAACCCCCCUAACUCAAUAGCCCUGUCUGCAUCCUACCUUUCAUCUUCCCCGACCAGAGUCCUCCCCACAGGCUUUAUUUACCCUCCCUCUCACAUUUACUCCCAGAGCCCCCCUCAGCUUCUCGUUCCUGCAGGGGAGAAGACCUAUGAGAUUAUUGGCCAUACGACGGCUGGAGAAGAGAGGAAAAAUGAGGGCCAUGACCUGUCACGAUCUUCUACUGAUGGGAAAUAUUUCAAGAGAAGACUUUCUCUUUCCUCGGGUAUAGAAGAGAAACCCUACAAGGUUCUUCGUUCAGUUUAUCAUGUGAAUGAAGGCUUGUUCGAUCCUCAACCAUAUCAUUUUGAUGAUAAAUACAAUGGCCGCCAGUCACCACCACAUAUUCCACGUAUUGAAAAACCCAUUCCUGUUUCAUUCUCAACUCGUCAUUUGGUAGAAAGGAAAAUGAUGAUGGACAUUGAUACCAUUAACACCUCACGACAUGAGCUGCGGCACUAUCCCAUGACCGCAUCUGUCUCCUCAUCUGUCUCACCACCGGAGGGCAGAUCAGAGUCUUCACAUUCUCCGCUCAGUCGCAAGGGGAGUGAGGAGCAUGCUGAGCGCAGCGUGUGGCGGCCAUAUUGACAUUUAAAAUGUUCAUACUACUAGGUGCUAGAUCAUAUGAAUGAUAAAUGUGGGUGAGCUGAUAAGUGUGAGUCGUGAGCAGGAUGAAACUUGGUCUAAUGUGUUACUGAGUAAUGGAUGGUUUGAUGGCAAUGGCUGUCAAGAUAGUGGUGACUGGUAUCAAAGUUUUUCCUUUUGGGACUGAAAGAUUGUCAGUGAUGUGAACUGUGGAUGCUUAAGGUCUACGUGAGGUCGUCUCUCUGAAAACAGGUUCAAAUUGCUUUUCAUGCAUGAUGUCAUGGCUACCCCCAUGUUGGCCCCACAGAGAGUGAAGACUACAGAUGUCUGCAGUAGGUCAUGUAAUUUCCAAAUAGAGACCUCAGUUAGGCGUGUAUGAUGUGGUCUAGAAAGUGAAUUAUGCAUGUUGAAUAGUAACAUUUGAUGUCUAACUAUUUGUUUUAGCUGACUGUUUUCAUCCAGUUGCCAUCUUUUACAUGAAACUUCAUUUUUAAUUUGGAGUAACACUAUAAUACACUGUCAAGGAUGCAGUUAUUUUAAGAGUGUAUGAAUGUGCAGAAGUGUAAAGAAAAUGAUAUGGGGAAAUUAGGUGAGGGAGAUCUGAGCUCUCAGUCUGAGUCAGAUAAUGACGACACUUAAUAUUUAUUAAAAAGAAAAAAAAGAA